GAGAACGAGGAGACUGACCUGGGAGAUGUGGAAACAACCGGUAAUAGGGUUAGCGCUUCUCGGCCUUGCCGAGGCGGUGAUAAGUCUGGGGCCAUAUUUCGAAUAUCGGGGUCGAGCUGAUGCCGAGGGUGGGGGAGGGUUGGAAAAAGGAUUGGGAGAUGUUCGUUCUGGGGCCUUUGUGACCCGAGCAGCGGGUGUGUUAUCUGAAACGGUCAAGGUGAUUGGUCUCCCCCCCAUCUUCUCUUCACUACCUGGAUCUGAUAUCUGCUGCAUGCAUGUUCUGGUAUCAUAGCUCCCGCUUGAUCACUUCGGAAACCAUCCUGGCACGUUCGAAAAUAGGUAUUGGGUGCUAGAAGAAUUCUACCAGCCUGGGAAUCCCGUAUUCAGUUUGUGCCUCUGAUCACGUGCUAUUUUAUGAUAUGCUGACCGACGUCGAGUAUAUGAUGCCGGAGAAGGUAACGCGGAACCCAGUGUUCAGUUCAGGCUUGCCAACAGCACUUCGUUCUUUCGGCAAAUGGUCCAAGAAUUCAAUGGGAUUGGAAUCGUUUGGGAGCAUCGGUAAACAGAAUUCGGAAUUCCUAACGGCUUCAUGAGCAAUGGCUAAUGGAUUAAUUGUGCAGGUAUUAUGGAGCCUCAUCACAUGUCAACAUCUCUCGUACCACACCUGUGGAGGAGUUUCGGUGGCUGAAUACUGCCCAAGCCCUUGCAGAUAUUCCGGUAGCACGGUUUGCCAAUUUCACCAAUGGAUUUCACUGACUGAUAGCUAGGCAUUUGCCAACAACUUCACUCUUCGUAGCUUUCCCAACAUAGACUUGACACCUGCUUCUACACCAUGGGUAUUCAUCGGCGGAAGCUAUCCCGGCAUGCGUGCGGCGUUUGUUCGGCAGAAGUAUCCCGAGACAAUAUUUGCCUCGUUUUCCUCUUCCGCCCCGGUCCAGGCCCAGAUCGAUAUGUCGGUAUAUUUUGAACAGGUAUAUCGUGGGCUCAACGGGCUUGGGUUCAAAAAUUGCACCAACGACAUUGUAGCAGCGAUUAAGUAUAUUGACGACCAACUAUCCAGGGCUGACACCUCGGCGGCUAUAAAGAAACAAUAUCUGGGGGCUGGCGCGGAAAAUAACUCUAAUGAGGGUUUCGCAGAUGCUCUGACUUUUAUCUAUUACUCUUGGCAGAGCGAUGAGGCUGAGGGCACUCCGGGUAGGUUUCAGUGCGGAGGAUUCGAGAUUUAGGGUCUGAAGUUUAAUCUGAUAGAUGUGGAUAGCAAAUAUGAGAUCAUUCUGCGAUUGGAUUUCUACGAAUCCUGAGACCGGGGGGGUCUCUGGGGAGGAAGGGUGGGCAAAAAGCAAAGGAGCUAAAUUUACUUCUGAUCGCUGGGCUUCAUGGCAAGCAUUCGGGACUGUUGUUGGUAACCUAAUCUAGUAUUGAAAGAAGACCCCGAAUGCUCACAAGUGGCUUAGGUUAAUUACUACGCGCCGACCAGUUGUGCGGGGUAUUAUGGAAACAGUACGGUAGGACAACCGAACUGCCGACUUGACGAUCCAUUUCCAGGUCCGGAAGCCGUGUCUUGGACAUACCAGUGUUGUAGUGAAUGGGGUAAGAGCUUGCGCUCGGACAAGGGCGGGGGAUCUUGGUCUGACAAUAAUCAGGGUACUUCCAGUCGGCAAACCUUGGGCCAAAUCAAAUCGUAUCAUCCUAUAAUAGUCUCAAGCACCGGCAAGAUAUCUGUUACCGGCAAUUCCCCCAGGGGCUUUCUAGCGGUCUGCUACCUUCGAGCCCGGCUGUGGAUAAAGUCAAUCGGGAAUAUGGUGGUUGGGACCUUCGACCUUCGAAUGUGUUUUUCUCGGGUAUUACACAAACUCCUUGACUUGUUCGUGGCUGACCAGGCACUAGGGGGCGAAUACGACCCAUGGGGGGCCUUAUCUCUGUUAUCCGAGGAGCCUUUGGCGCCGAAAGGAGUCAAAUUGACACAAGAUAUCCCAGAGGAGGGGGUUUCAACACCUAGGGGGGAGGUAUUUGGCUACCUUCUCAAAGGCGCAGCCCACUGCUUCGAUCUCAGGACUACGUGGCCGGAUGGUGCGAACUCGAGAAGGAUUUUCACCACAGCCCUGAGGAAAUGGUUGGGGAGCUUCAAGAAGAAGACGAAGUGAUUCGGAAACCGCUCUCAGAGGUAUGCAGUACGAUAUAGCAAGGGUUGCAGUAGUUUAAUGUACUCUGGGGAGUGUAAUGGUUCGGCGUUUGGUCUUGUUAGAAAUGUCAGGGCCAGCAUGAGGUAUUAAUGUGAUUCGCAUGUGAGUGCUUGGGCGCGGGGGCUUUGGUGAUCAUCACUAUGCGAUUCCGCCCUCCGUCGGAGCAUCAGUCCGUUCAAGAGAAAGCCGAUUGCCAUCUGGGUAGUGAUGAAAAUUUAGGUUUUGGCGGUCAGCAAAGAGGA